AUGUAUGAUUUCUUUGCUCAUAAGUGGAAUGGCACUCCUAUAGACGAGACGGGAUGGCCUUCCCUGGAUUCUCGGCGGGUGUAUACGGAACAGUUUGCUGAUUUUCUAGAGAGGGAUAUUACCCGGGAUGAAAUCUGGACUGCGGUUCAGUCCAUGGGGCCUAAUCGUGCACCUGAAAAGGAUGGAGUGAUGACUUCUUUCCUUAAGGCUUUUUGGGAUAUUGUGGGCGAGCAAGUUGCUGCGGCAUGCCUAGAAUUUUUUUCGACUGGGCAUAUGGAGCAGUCGUGGAAGGAGACGAUUGUUGUCCUCUUGCCAAAGGUUGACAAGCCUACACAUCCUUUCAAAUUCCGACCUAUUAGCUUAUGCCAGACUAUCUAUAAAAUUAUUGCGAAGAUUCUUGUCUCCCGGAUCAAGGGCCUCUUACCCAACCUUGUAUCUGAGGAGCAAGCGGCGUUUGUUCAUGGUCGUUCGAUCUCCGAUCACUGCCUUCUGGGACAGCAAAUUGUGAACAAAUUUAAGGUGUCCAAAUCAUCCAAGGGCUGGAUGGCAAUGAAGGUGGAUAUGGAGCAAGCCUAUGACAAGAUGAAUUGGAGAACUCUGGAGCUGGUGCUUUUGAAGAUGGGCUUCCCUUUGAGGUUUCGUACCUGGGUGCUGAAUUGUGUCUCCAUGCCUCGCUUUUCUAUUAUGGUUAAUGGGACACUUUCGGAGGGCAUUACGGUGAGCUGUGGCUUCCGGCAAGGGUGCCCGCUCUCGCCGUAUCUAUUUAUUCUUUGCUCGGAGCUUCUCUCGUUGCACUUCCACCAAAACUAUAGGGAGCUUGGGGUUCAAAUCAGGCGGGGGGGACCUCUUGUGUCCCACCUCCUUUAUGCUGACGAUGUUUUAUUUUUUGCAGGUGUGUUAGCUGCCAAUGUCAGAAAAUUUAUUACCAUUUUGGAGGACUACUGUGGCUGGACAGGGCAGCGAAUUAACAAAAGCAAAUCAGCGAUCCUCUUCAGUCAGUUUGUGCCUUCGCCGACUAAGACCCGUCUAGCCAAGCUUGCGGGAUGUCGCAAGGUGGAGGAAAUGGACUAUCUCGGUGUCAAAUUUGCAAUGCAGAGGUUGACAAAGGCCGAUUUCAGCUCGCUUCUUCAGAAUUUGCAUGCUUUUACACUCUCAUGGGGGACUCGCCAUUUAUCCUUGGCCGGCAGAAUUACCAUGAUCAACUCUGUGAUUAUCCCGCUGUCGUUUUAUGCUAUUUCGCACACUUUGGUUCCUCGGGGUGUUCUUGCAAAGGUGGAAAGAAUUUGUCGUAGAUUUCUGUGGGACAAGGACUCGGCCCAUAGGAGCCUGCACUACGCCGCUUGGAGUGAUAUCACCAGGCUUAGGCGGUUGGGUGGACUUGGUUUCCAUGCUAGUCACGACUGGGUUGGACCGCUGCGGGCCAGAAUUGCUUGGGAUUUUCUUCAUAAAACUCAAAACCUUUUCCAGAGAUGUAUGAGGCACGCCUACGAGGAUUGGCCAUGGCAGCAAGAGAGAAAACGGAGUGAUUCUUGCGGAUGGAGAAUUAUUUGCGACGGGGCGAAUAGCUUGAGUAAAAAUGUGCGCUGGAAGGUGUGUAAUGGUGUCGAUAUUGACACGGUCACUCAUAUUUGGAUCCUGGAUUUGGCCAUUGCUGUAUGGCCUACUUUUUGCGACAUUGCGAGGAUUGAUGGGUGGUCGGUCAGUGAAUUCAUUUCGCCGGAGAACUUUUGGGAUCGCCAAAAACUGCUGCUAUGUUUUGGGGAGUCACUGGUUGACAGAAUUUGUGAUGUCAAGCUCUGGACUGAACUUACUGCGGAUUCGCUGGAGCUCUGUAAAUGCCCGCUUGACACAUCGGUCUCGGCUAUAUGCUAUGGCUCCCUAUUCCAAGGGGAGGAAAACCAGGUGGGCACCGAAUUGAAGCUCAGAUUAAGGCCUCGGGAGCAUAUAUUUUGGUGGAGGAUAUACAUGGACCUCAUUCCUACGUGCGGGUGGCUGAACCGUCGUGGCUUGUGUUCCGACGUGCAUUGCUCGAUUGGGUUUGCUUCACUUGAUGAGCUCAAAGUUGAUAUGAAGAGGGGCCUUUCGACUGAGGCCUUCUGGCCCAUAAUCUAUUGUAAGGCUGUGCAUUUGUGCUGGGAGAAUAGAAAUGCUAUUAGACAUGGAAAGAGUGCUUCCUCAAUUACCACAAUGGCCGCCAGGAUCCUGAGCUCGACAUCGCAAUGUUGGUUGAAAAUUAAUGUGGAUGGUGCGUUGCAUAGGAACAAUGCCGGCGGGGUUGGCAUUGUCAUCCGGGAUUGCUUCGGCAAUUUGAUCACUGCGGCGGGCUGGAGCAUCACGCAUUGGGAUAGUACCCAAGUGGAGAUUUUGGCGGUGCAUUACAUCGAUAGGCUCAUUCGGGAUUGGAUGUUUGAUGUUGAGGGGGUUAUUGUUGAAGGGGACAAUGCAAGCGUGAUGGAGUUUAUGCACCGUUGCAAGCAAGAGGAGUUGUGGAAGCUUAGGCCAGAUGAGGGACAUAAGCUGAACUGGGUUAAAUCGUUCCAUAAAGUGUUUUUUGUUCAUACAUAUAGAGAGCAUAACAAAGCAGCUCAUUUUUGUUCUCAAAGAGCAAUUGAUGAUAGUUUUGUUUGGGAUGUUGGAGAUAGCAACAGUAUAGGUAUUCCUCAAGAUUUUUUGUUUAUUUUUGAGGAUGAUAGAUGUAAUUUUACCCCGGAUGUGGGGACUUUGUUUUGA